UAUAUAUAUAUAUAUAUAUUCAUUAUUAUUAUAUGAAGAUGUUAAAGUUUCGAAACCAAAUGCUAGUUAGUGAAGUAUAUACCAUUUCGUUUUAAACACGUGAGUGGGAAAAAAAGCUGCUUUAAAACGUUCGAUAUGGCAAAACUUCAUUCGUAUUAUACGUUAUGUCCCCUUAUCGAUCAACAGAAUUUGUUAGGUGUCGAAAGAGAUUCAGAAAGUGGAUGUGCAAUCGUAACAUUAGGAAGAAACAUUGUAAUCCGGUAUAAGCUGCAGGAUUUAAAACAAUUAAGUAGUUGGACCAGUAAAGUUCGAUUGACGACACAAGUUAUUUAUGAUGAAACAACAUGUCAAUACGCCGCGGUAUUUAAUGAAAAAAAGAUACGUCUUUGGACGGCCGAUGAAACGGAUUUAAAUAGCAUCAAGGGCUAUAAAUUUCAGUCUCCUUUGCAUACCAUUCUUACGCUUGAAAAUUGUCCGCCUAUAUUGGUACGCAAAGAUGGAGCUACCGCUUCAUUAGAAAAAGCCAUACAAAACAGAAGAUCUUGGUCCAAAGAAGGAAUAUUGAAAGUCAAUGAGAAAAUAUUGGAUUGUUAUUUGAUCCGCGUUAGUGAUAAAAUAAACUUAUGUAUAUUAACUAACAAUGAAGGAACGUACAAUUGUGUUAUAGUUAAACUAAACAAUGAAACCUAUUCUGAAGAAGCGGAUUGUGUCAAAAGACUGGAGUUAAAGAGAAAAUCAGAAGAAUUAGUUGGUCAUACUGUGUUACAAGCUAAAAAUAAAGCUUGUCUUCUAACGUUAUUAGUUAUGACAUCUCUAAAUGAGGGAACUGUGGCAAUUUAUGGGGCUGAUGUCUCUGAGGAAGGAGCCAUAUUAAUGAUUUAUAAUGUACAGUUCAAACUAAUACAAGAUACUCAGAAAUUGAAAUUGUAUACAAGAGAUGCAAAGCUGUGGAAAAUUGAGGAUAAGUUGUUACUUGCUGCUAAUAGACAUUUAGCAAUUGCUCCCUAUCACCUCGCACCUCAGAAAAUAGCAACUUUACUUGGAUCAUCUUUGCGCUUUAAAAACGAUGAUGAGAAUAUUGAUGAUAAUGAUAUCAUGGUAAUACAAGAGUCAACAGUUGCGCAGUGGGAAAAGAAUGACACAACUUUAAUUAAACAACCAAGACAAAAACCUGCGAAAAAAUUUUUCAAGCAGAUAUCAUCUUACAUAAAAGAAGGAUUAAGCGAUGCCGCGAUACAAGAAAUAUUGAUUCCGGAGUUGAUUGAAUCGAAAGAUGUUGAGUCAAUUAUAUGGUGUUUAAAUAAUUUGAAAGAUUUGCCAGAGAAGUUAUUGAUUGAUCUCCUAAUAUUUUCGUUAAGAAAUCCUGACGAAACGUUUUUACCGUUACAAAAUGGUACGACUGAGGAUUUAUCGACUGUCAAAAAUUUACAUUCAAGAAAUGAUUUUCUUGACAAAAUUUUUAGUCUUACUUAUUCUGAUAUUUCUUUAUCAUCUUAUCUUAAGAGUGGUUUGAAUUUUGAUGAAAUACUUCGAUUAUUGCAAUACUUAAUCCAAAAAUUAGACGCUCAAGAUUUUUGUCAUGAUAUUGUACAGCAACCAACUGAGAAACAGUUAUAUGAAUGGUCUAGUCUUUUGUUAGAGUCCCAUUAUCAACAUUACAUACUAUCACGAGAUCCAGAAGUAUCAAUGCUACUUAAUAAGCUUAGUUAUGUUUUAGAUGAUCAUAUAUGGUACAGUUUUCAAAUUACCAAUAGCAGCUAAGGAUAAUCUUCCUUUAGCAAGUUUAUCUGCAACCUGUAAAACAUUUAUUGUACAACUGAAGAAUUUUGAUACUAUUGAUAUACAUACAGCUUUAACAUCAGAUGCAGAAAUUUUAUCAACAGCAUUAGCUAUUGAUAUUGGUGAAGAGACUUGUCCUUUUAACAAAGCUUGUUGUUGCAAGCUUUCUAAUAAACAAACUACAUUAUCUGCUGCAUCCAAAAUUUCAUUGGCUUAUCUGCUGAUUUAAUACUUAAAUUUGAUCCUAAAGCACUAAGUUCUGCUAGUGAAACACCAGUGCCAACAACUGCACAUCUAGGUGCAGUACACCAACCUACUUUGUGUUCAGGACAGAAAAGAGAAUAUCCAAGUCCACUGCGAUAAGCUGCUUUAUGCAAUAAUUCAAUUACCCAAACUGUAUCAGAUACAGAAGCUAGUUCAUAUUUUAAUCUGGGCAACUGAUCCUGUACUUCCCAUGGUUUAAAAAUUUGCUUAGUAACAGCAGAUUCUAGAUAUUGAAGAGAAUCUUCCCUAUUAAUAAAAAAAAUAACUCAUAGUAAAAAUUUUAGCCAAAUGCAGAUAACAAAACAUAAAAAAAUUUACAGAUGAUUUCUAGUGAUCUGCAAUGUAUAUGCUAUACUUUCACGAUCAAGAGUGGUUAUUAAAUUUCCACCACGUUGUUGAAUAUUCCUUGUUAUAGCAAAAGCACUUGAGACUGAUGUACCUAGUCCUGCAGCUAUCCGCAAAUGAUGUGCUAUACCUUGUGUAUCAUACGUUUCAUUUCUUGAUCCAGCUCUAUAAAUUAAAUACUCAUGUACAAGAAAAAUAUUACAAAUUAAUCUAUACAUAUUAUUUAUUCAGAUUUUAAAUACCUGAAAACAAUGGACACCUGUGCAAUUGGAGAAUUGUUAUCAUAA